CUAUAUUGCUGAAUCAUUUACAUGCAUAUUAUUAAUUCUUUAGAUGAAUGGUUAAAUUUCAUAUUGUUUAUUUAGUUGUGAAGUUGGUUUUUUAUGGAUGCGUGUUAUGUGUUUGAUGAAAGUCCGCAAUGAAAUUUUCAAGAAAUGUUGUGUGGUAAACGUUAAGUAGUGCUAUCAAAUAUCAUCUGGUUUUAGCUAGGUGUUGCCGUGUCGGUAGUCUAUGAAGUUAUUAUGUAGGUGGCAAUGUUGGACCUGACUUGAUUUGUGAAAUCUUUAGGGAGACAAAACCAUGAAUAUGACUUGGAAUGACCCAUUUAAUGAAGUUUUGUUCUAGAAUUUGAAUGUUUAUGUUCGUCGAAUUUUAGGAAAUCCUGGAACGAACCGUUUGAUUUUUUUGAUAACUUGCUAAUUCCAAUACAAAGCCCUGACAUAUCAGGGAUUGUUUCUCUGUGUUGCUUGAAAGGUUGUUGGUAUAUUAGUUAUAUAUGUUGAUGUUGUAUCAUUUUUAUAAGUUUACGUUUGUGAUAGAAUUGUGCAUUCCCUUGUUUAGUUAAUUUAAUUUAGAGGUGUGUACGAUUAAAUGUGAAAGUUGUGUUAUGUUGUCCAGGACUCGAGGAAUAAAAUUGUAGUGAUCAAGAUGUGAUAAAAAGAAAAUUAGAGAUUUACUUAAAAGAUAGGACCAUUGCACAUUGGCACCAUAGCAUGACAGCACAAUGACAUGUCUAUUUUGGUUGUCAAAUUGAUUAAUGAAGAUGUAGUUUUGUUUCUGCCACCGACAAGGAUGAGCAUUAUAAGAAACUUCCUUUUCCACUAUCAGCUUUGUUAUAAUUUUUUGUAUUUAAUAUCUAGUUUGUGUUACUUACCUAGGAGCUCCAUAUAUCCUUUUAUCAGAACAAGAAAUAACUAAAAUCAGUUUUUGAACUUCAGUUAGGAGAGACAUUCUAGUCUGAAGCUUUUGCGUUACACUCAACAUCAAAUGUAGUAUUUGCACUGCCAUUUCAUUAUAAAUCUCGGUUUUCUUGACUGCAAAGCUUUGCCAUGGACACUCGCGGUAAAGUAUUCCAGUUAUUCUCUAGACAUUUACAUACCCGAUCUGUUGAUGGACCGAGUAACAUCUUGAAGAAAAAGAUUUCACUUAUUGAGAAACAAAGGAAAAAGAAGAAUCCAAAAAAGAAUCAGUUGUUUGUGGAAGUUCCAGAAUCCAAAUCGUAUCUUGACACUGCGACUCUGCCUAUGAUUCUCACUGCAGUUGGUGGUGCACUUUUUGCCAAGCUUUUGAUGAUGCAUGAUGAUUCGAAAUCGCAAGAGAUGAUUGAGAGAAAAAUAAAGAAUGCACCUGCUGGUCAAGGUACUGUUAGGAUGCUUAGUCGUGAGGAAUGGGAAGAUAUUAAAGAUGUGCGACCUAGAACCCCCUUCGAGUCUAAGCUUGCUCGUCCUAAAGCAAGGCUUCGAACAGGAGAACCUAUACGCAUGGAUGACUUUAAGGACUGGACCAUUGAUGUGCUCACAGAUGCAUUCACUCGUGUUGAAGAAAAUGUUAGAUACAGGUCAAAAUAAACAAUUAUUCCCCUUGUUCCAGAAAAAAGAGUUCUAUCUUUGAUAAUAUCUUGAAAUUAACCUAAAUUUGCAUAUAGUAAUUUAUUAAAUAACAAAUUACGUAUUUGUUGUACCCUUUUAUACAAUAUAUGUAUAAAAACUGCAUAAAUCGGGAAUAUAUUUCUACCGAAUUUUAGUUUACAAUUCAACAAACUGAACAUAUCAGUCUCAAAAUAUUUUUUUUCUUAUAAUAUUCAUGGAUGAUUGUA